AUGGAUAGAUUUGAGUAUGCCGAUCCCCGGCCUGUUCAGAGCGAAGAGUUCUUAAUGCGUGAAAAUGGGGUUAAGCUGUAUGAUGGUGACAAUAAAACCACCUUCGAAGGAGGAGAGGCUGUAGUGAGCAACACACGCAUCCUGUGGGGCAGGCCCGGUGAUAUUCCACGAGGACAGACUUGCAUUUGUUUGCCAUUAUUUUAUGUUGUUUUCAUCGAAGAAGAACAACGCACCUUUAGCUUCAGCAGUGCUCGUAAAUUUGUUCUGCAUCUUUCAGAACCACGUCAAGGAAAAGCUCAAGGACCAGUCACCUGGAGCCAGUACAACUUUGUGAAAUUGUCAUUCAAGGAGGGCCUCCACCAUGACUUCAUGGCCAUUCUUCAAAACGCAUUAGUUAUGCGAGCCUGGGAGAAGCUACAGCUUGGCCCAACACCAGCUACUGGUUCUCAAAGCAUGGCCGACAGAAAGUGGAGAAGUGGCAUUGUUGGCAUAGAGAGAAAGAUUGAAGAAAAGCACAAAGCUACAGAUGAAAGUAUAUCGUUAGCCUUUCAAGACCUGAGUCGUUUGAUGAACAUGGCUAAGGAUAUGGUUGCCAUUUCUCGCAGUAUAUCUACCAAAAUUCGGGAAAAACAAGGCGACAUUACAGAGGAUGAAACAGUUCGUUUCAAGUCCUAUUUGUUGAGUCUGGGUAUUGAUGAUCCAGUUACAAGAGGUGCCUUUAGCAAUCAAAACCAAUAUUUUCAGAGUCUUUCACGUCAACUAGCACAAAUACUUGAAGAGCCAAUCAAGGAAGUUGGAGGAAUGAUGUCCAUGGCAGAUGUGUACUGUCGAGUCAACAGGGCCCGUGGCCUUGAGUUACUGUCCCCAGAAGAUUUAAUGUCUGCUUGCCGCUUGAUGUCCACCCUUCAACUUGGUCUCUGCCUAAGAACUUUUGAUAGCGGAGCAACUGUUCUGCAGCUCAGCGAUCAUAACGACAGUAUAAUUGUAGAAAAUACUGCAGCUUCACUUGAAGAACAUGGAUCUCUUUCAGCAACUGAACUAGCUAAAGUCUUAGGAAUAUCAGUUCUCCUAGCAAAAGAACGUCUUCUCACAACUGAAAAACAAGGCAAAGCCUGCAGAGAUGAGAGCUUGGAGGGAGUUCGGUUUUAUAGCAACCUUUUCCUUACAAGAGAAGAAUAAUAGCUUGAUUUGUAACUUUGUUGUACAGGUACAGUACUCUAAGUGUUUUAUCUUUCUUUUAUAAUAAAUAAUUAUUGCAUUUAUGAUAUUAAGUGAGCAAUAGUUUUAUCAAAACA